CUGUGCGAACGAACACGGACAUCAACAUCAGCAACACAACACAUCAACAACACAACCCCUUUGUACCGAGUCCGGCGCCCACAUCAACACAACCCCUUGUACCGACUCCGGCGCCCACAACAACACAACCCCUUGUACCGACUCCGGCGCCCACAUCAACACAACCCCUUGUACCGACUCCGGCGCCCACAUCAACACAACCCCUUUGUACCGACUCCGGCGCCCACAUCAACACAACCCCUUGUACCGACUCUGGCGCCCACAUCAACACAACCCCUUUGAACCGACUCCGGCGCCCACAUCAACACAACCCCUUUGUACCGACUCCGGCGCCCACAUCAACACAACCCCUUGUACCGACUCCGGCGCCCACAUCAACACAACCCCUUGUACCGACUCCGGCGCCCACAUCAACACAACCCCUUGUACCGACUCGGACGCUCACAUCAACACAACCCCUUGUACCGACUCCGGCGCCCACAACAACACAACCCCUUGUACCGACUCCGGCGCCCACAUCAACACAACCCCUUGUACCGACUCCGGCGCCCACAACAACACAACCCCUUGUACCGACUCCGGCGCCCACAUCAAUACAACUCUUCAACACAACCCCUUGUACCGACUCGGACGCUCACAUCAACACAACCCCUUGUACCGACUCCGGCGCCCACAUCAACACAACCCCUUUGUACCGACUCCGGCGCCCACAACAACACAACCCCUUGUACCGACUCCGGCGACCACAUCAACACAACCCCCUUGUACCGACUCGGACGCUCACAUCAACACAACCCCUUGUACCGACUCCGGCGCCCACAUCAACACAACCCCUUGUACCGACUCCGGCGACCACAUCAACACAACCCCUUGUACCGACUCCGGCGCCCACAACAACACAACCCCUUGUACCGACUCCGGCGCCCACAACAACACAACCCCUUGUACCGACUCCGGCGCCCACAUCAACACAACCCCUUGUACCGACUCCGGCGCCCACAACAACACAACCCCUUGUACCGACUCCGGCGCCCACAACAACACAACCCCUUGUACCGACUCCGGCGCCCACAUCAACACAACCCCUUGUACCGACUCGGACGCUCACAACCAGGUACAUUCUUAUGCAUGUUUCCGUCGGGAAGAGUGA